UGGGGGCCGGGUCCGUGUUUACACAGCGGCGGGCGGGCGCGGACACGGAACCCGGCGCGGCGGUGGCGGCGGCAUGAUGGUCAUGGCGCAUUUCGUGGAGAAUUUCUGGGGGGAAAAAAAUAGCGGCUUUGAUGUCCUCUACCAUAAUAUGAAACAUGGACAGAUAUCAACAAAAGAACUAGCAGAUUUUGUAAGAGAAAGAGCUACAAUAGAAGAAGCAUAUUCCAGGUCAAUGACAAAACUAGCAAAGUCCGCAAGCAAUUAUUCACAACUUGGAACAUUUGCACCAGUGUGGGAUGUGUUCAAAACAUCUACAGAGAAAUUAGCAAAUUGUCACUUGGAUCUUGUUAGAAAAUUGCAAGAAUUAAUAAAGGAAGUUCAGAAGUAUGGAGAAGAACAAGUAAAAUCUCAUAAGAAGACUAAAGAAGAAGUUGCAGGAACUCUGGAAGCUGUCCAAACCAUUCAGAGCAUAACUCAGGCUCUCCAGAAAUCCAAGGAGAAUUACAAUGCCAAGUGUGUAGAACAGGAGCGGUUGAAAAAGGAAGGAGCUACACAAAGAGAAAUAGACAAGGCAGCUGUUAAAUCUAGGAAAGCGACAGAUACCUAUAAACUGUAUGUGGAAAAAUAUGCAUUAGCAAAAACUGAUUUUGAACAGAAAAUGACAGAAACUGCUCAGAAAUUUCAAGAUAUUGAAGAAACUCAUCUCAUUCACAUAAAGGAAAUUAUAGGAUCCUUGUCUAAUGCUAUAAAGGAAGUUCAUUUGCAGAUAGGCCAAGUCCAUGAAGAAUUUAUAAAUAACAUGGCUAACACUACAGUUGAAAGUUUGAUACAAAAAUUUGCCGAGUCAAAAGGCACUGGGAAGGAAAGACCUGGUCUUAUUGAAUUUGAAGAAUGUGACCCUGCUAGUGCAGUUGAAGGUGUAAAACCAAGGAAAAGAAAGACUUUUGCUUUGCCAGGAAUAAUUAAAAAGGAAAAGGAUGCAGAAUCCGUGGAAUGUCCUGAUGCAGAUUCACUUAACAUUCCUGAUGUAGAUGAAGAAGGCUAUAGUAUUAAACCAGAAGCAAAUCAAAAUGAUACCAAAGAGAACCAUUUCUACUCAUCUAGUGAUUCUGACUCUGAAGAUGAAGAACCAAAGAAGUAUCGGAUAGAGAUUAAGCCUAUGCAUCCAAGUAACUCCCAUCACACAAUGGCUUCUUUGGAUGAAUUGAAAGUAUCUAUUGGGAAUAUAACACUCUCUCCAGCAGUUUCUAGACACAGUCCGGUACAAAUGAAUCGGAAUUCAUCUAGUGAGGAAUUAACAAAAUCAAAGUCAUCUGCUCCACCCAAUGAGAAAGGGACCAAUGAUUUGCUUGCUUGGGACCCCCUGUUUGGACCAUCUCUUGACUCAUCGUCUUCAGUCUCGCUACCCUCAGCAGCAGCAGCCAGGCCCACAACUCCCCUUUCUGUAGGCACCAUUGUCCCACCUCCAAGGCCUGCUUCCAGACCAAAGCUCACCUCAGGCAAACUCAGUGGAAUUAAUGAAAUACCCAGGCCAUUCAGCCCACCUGUAACUUCCAACACCAGCCCACCUCCUGCUGCCCCCUUAGCCCGGGCAGAAAGCUCAUCUUCUAUCUCAUCGUCUGCUUCACUGAGUGCCGCCAAUACUCCAACAGUAGGAGUGUCACGGGGUCCCAGCCCUGUCAGCCUCGGAAGUCAGGACACCUUACCUGUGGCAGUCGCCCUUACAGAAUCUGUUAAUGCCUACUUUAAAGGAGCAGAUCCUACCAAGUGUAUUGUGAAGAUCACUGGUGAUGUGACAGUAUCAUUUCCAAGUGGCAUCAUUAAAGUCUUCACUGGUAAUCCAUCUCCAGCUGUGCUGUGCUUCAGGGUAAAAAACAUCAGCAGACUUGAGCAAAUUCUUCCAAAUGCACAGCUUGUGUUCAGUGAUCCGUCACAAUGUGAUUCCAAUGCAAAAGAUUUUUGGAUGAACAUGCAGGCUGUUACUCUCUACCUCAAGAAGCUGUCGGAGCAAAAUCCAGCUGCUGCUUAUUACAAUGUGGAUGUGUUGAAGUAUCAGGUGUCAUCAAAUGGCAUUCAAUCUACUCCUUUGAAUCUUGCGACCUACUGGAAAUGUAGUGCUAGCACCACGGAUCUCAGAGUGGACUAUAAGUACAAUCCUGAGGCUAUGGCUGCACCCAGUGUGCUGUCCAGCAUACAGGUGGUGGUUCCAGUAGAUGGAGGAGUCACAAAUAUGCAGUCCCUUCCCCCAGCAGUAUGGAAUGCUGAGCAAAUGAAGGCCUUAUGGAAAUUGUCAGGCAUUUCAGAAAAAUCAGAAAAUGGAGGUUCUGGGUCGCUCAGAGCAAAAUUUGAUCUUUCAGAUGGUCCCAGUAAACCCACAACACUUGCAGUACAAUUUCUCAGUGAAGGAAGUACCCUCUCUGGAGUAGAUAUUGAACUUGUAGGCACUGGCUAUAGGCUUUCCUUAGUUAAGAAGCGGUUUGCCACUGGACGGUAUCUGGCCGAUUGUUGAUGGACCUGGGAAAAUCGUGGACUCACGGGAGCAGCACACACCUGCCAUUCUGCAUUAUCUGUUCUUUCUAAACACUAUUCUAACUUGUAUGAUGUCUUUCAAACGUGGACACAUUUGAGAGCUGAUUACAGACAUUAAAUCGCACUUUCAAAGUGAGUCAUUGAAAGAAAUAGCACUGAAGUGAUUUUCUACGCUUAUAACUGUUCAGCUGCAAUAUUCAGGAAGCACCUGCAUUCAGAGUUUCAGUAAAAACGAAGUUUUCAUAGGCUGAAGUUGUAAAUUAUCUUCAGAGUCUCUAUUGAAAAGGGGAGUUAUAGUGUAGUGUCAGGCCAAAAAUUUCAGGAGAGCAAGCACAAAAUAACUUAGCUUUCCAUAAAAUUUUUAGAGUCAGAGAGCUUGAAGUUUUUCCAAGUUUGGUAUUGAAUAGCUAUGAACAGAAUAAAAAUUCUAAGUUUUAGGUAAUGUUAACCCAGAACACUCAAUCAAAUUGAGUUAUGUGCCAUAAGGUAAUCAGACCAGAAGAGUUGUAUGCAAAAAAACUAUAAUUUGAUUCUCAUAAACAUAUUAAUAAAGUGUUGUAAAUGGUGUUUUAUAUGAUUUUUAAAACUUCUUAAGUGCAAUGUGUUUUAAAAUAAGCUUGCAAAAGACAGCAGAGAAAUUUACUUCUGCAGUUAAUUAACUUUAUAGAAGUUGUGAUUGUUUUGAUGAAUUAAUGUUGUAGAUUUAAUUUAUUUUUAUAUGGAUUGCAUAAUGUGUGCCUUUUAAAACAACAGCAGCCAGGAACGUGCCUAUCCAGUUUGUGUUGAUUAAUGUGCCUCAGUUUCCCUCACAAGUCUGGAUCUUCUAUUCAGAAUCUUAGCGUGGUCAAGCAUUUUUAUAAGAUCUUUGCAAUUUUGGUCAAUACCUUUGGCCUGCAGGUGGGAAGGGAAUUCAGAGUAACUAAAGGACACCUUAUACUUUAAGAGCCCUGGCUCUCUUUGUAGUGACACUCUGGUCACUGGAGAGAGAAGUCAGCCUGAUGGAGUGUGUUUACAGGAGACAGAGUACCUUCCGCUCUUCAGCAUUCGGCAUUAACCUCAUCAGAAGUAUGUGUUUUUCAAAAGAGAGGAAGUGCGGAAAACUGUAAUGGUGAAUUGGUAACUGGUAUUUUAACUCUCAGUCCAGCAAUCCCUUGACUUUGUUUAUCACUGAAAAUUCCUCUUAUUUACUGAUUGUAUUGUGAACAUGAAUUUUGUAGCAUUUUGUGGAGAAUAUGUUUUUAAAAGGUUAAUUUUGGCAGCAGAGGUGGAAGUACUGCCAUUUGUUUUCAUUCCAACUAUUGAAAAAAUUACCAAUCACAUGUUUUUAUUAUUUAAUUCUCGCCUGGUGAAAAUAGGGUAAUGAGUAAUGGAUUGGGUUAAGCAUUUGUUAAACAACUAAUACUAGUAAGAAAUCUAGCUUUAUAGCAAAUCCUGAUUAGUUGAAGAAAGGAAAUAUUUUAGACAAAAUUCCAUGAUUUACAAAUGGGAAUUUUAUUUAUAAUGAUAAAUACCAGUGUCUUUUAUUUUACAUAACAAAUUGUGUUAUGAUAAUUUAUAUAAAACCACUAAUUAUUCUGUUAAGCCUUACAGAAGACCUCUGUUACUAGACAUUUAUGUAACGUCUUGCUAUACUAAAUACAGCAGGAACUAUACUUGUUAGCAAUAUAUAACACGGUGUGUGCUUUUUUAUAUAUUCAAUGCUAGCCCAAUGCUAAAUUUAGAUUUGACUAAAGCAACACAUAAGACAAUUUGCUAAAAUGUUAAUGUUUACUAAAUAGUGAGCAGAAUUAGAUUUUCUAACUCUUAAUAUUUGUUCUUUUAAUUGCCAAUUACAGUCCCUUACUGGAAUUUUAACUGUAAAUCUACUUUGCAAUCAAACUGCUUUUGUUGGGCAGUUACUGUUUUAUUAUUGGAGUUCAGACACUAUUUACCAUGUUUAUUUUAAAUCAAGUAUUACCUAAAAAUGCACAAAUUAGUGAAAUGGUUAAACUUCUGCACUUUGUCAGUUGCCACAAGUCUUCAUACCUAGUGUUCAUACACACAGAUUUGUAUUGAGUACAAGUUUGAAGCCAUAUGAAUUUAUAUUGAUUUUUUUUCCACUUAAAAAUCCACUAAUAGUGUAAAAAAGACCAGGAGAUUUUCAGUGGGAAAUGUGUAGAGCAAGCUGGUUCUUGCUUCUGUGUAGUGAUAAACUUUGUAGCUGCCUCUUUAACCAAGACUUUGUAAACAGAACUCUAACAAUGUGAGUUUUUAAGAAUUGUUAUUUACUACUUUGGGUUGUAAUUAGAACAAUGCACAUAUCUUCCAAAAUUUUGUAAAUAUUUUUGAUUUUUUUCAUAAAUGUAAAUUUUACAUAAAAGUGUACCCUUAAUAAACAUGUAAUAUAUAAUUUA